CUUAGCUGUAUCUCCAUUCCAUCAGUCGUUUGCCGUCGCCAAUACCGACGUCAGCGGCAUUGAGGAAGGAGGAGGAGGAGGAGGAGGAAGCUUGCUUGGACACGUCUCACCGACAUCGCCGGGUGGAAUUUGAUUGGAUUGCGGCAGGUGUAUAACUGAUUGACUGCUAUUGCAAACGAAGAAUUGUCGAGCGGUCACCUGGGCGUUGUCAAUUGAGCUUCCUCCAGAAAAAAAAGCGAUUUCUGAGAGUGUGUGUGCGUGGUGAACGGCCUCGGGGGGAGUAACAGUAGCAGCAGGAGCAGAAGCAGGACCAGGACCAGGAGCAGGAGCAGAAGCAGCAGCAGAAGCGGUAGCAGCUUUCACCUUGUAUUGUUUGCAAUUCCAUUCUCUGUGGAUAUGGUGAGACAACAAUCCGAACUCCUUACGGUUUUCCCAACUGGUGCAGCGACGGGAGUGGUCAAGGAACAUGACAGGGAUGGGGAAAAAGACGAGAAGAAGGAAGAGGAGGACAGGGAUGGGGAGGAACGGGACAUGGAGGAAGAGGAAGAGGAGGAGGAGGAAGAGGAGGAGGGAGAGUGGCAAAAGAAAAAGAAAAAUGAAGGGGAGUUGAGGAGGAAAAGAUCAGAAGAGGAGAGCAGGAUGAAAAAGAAGAGGAGGACAAGAACAAGUGGAAGAAAAGAAGAGGAUGAAGAGGAGGAGGAGGAGAAGAACAAGAGGAAGAGGAAGAGGGGUUCGCGUGACGACAGGGGGGGGUUGUGUGUUGACGCAGGGUUGACGCAGGGAAAGGUCGACUUUUGUCUGGGGAAAAAAAAAAGAAAACAAAGGGGAGUGGAGGAGGAAAGGAUGAGAAGAGACGAGGAAGAAGAAGAGGAAGAAGAAGAAGAGGAGGAAGAAGAAGAAGACAAAGAAGUAGAGGAGGAGGAGAAGAAGAAGAAGAAAAUAAAAGGAAGAUGCGGAGGAGGUGAAGAAGAGGAGGAGGAGGAGGAGGAGGAAGAAGAAGAAAAAGAAGAAGAGGAGGAGGAGGAGGAGGAGAAGAAGAUGACGAUGAUGAUGGCGAAUAGGAGAGGAGGACGAAGUAGUGGAGGAGGAGGAGGGGAAGAAGAAGAAGACGAGAGGAGUCUCGCUGCUCUCUCUCUCUCUCUCACAUUGAGUCACGAUGGUGGGCUCGUGCGGCAGCUUAACAAUCGUGGUCUCCCUCGAUGAUGAUGGUGGGUUCACGUGGUGGCGACACACAACGGCGCGUCUCAAAGUGAACAACGGGCAUGGCAGGGUCGUGUGGCGCCGGGCAAGAGGCUUCGGACAUCCAAACUUCGAAGGGGACGGGAGGGGGCGGUGUAGUCUUCUGCGCAUAUGUGAACUGCCCCCCAAGUUUGACUUGCGGCCGAUCUUGGCGGCGAUCAACAAAGAUCAGCGGCCAAG